AUGACGCCCAACCCAACAGCCUUGUCUCUCUACCGACGGUCCCUCAAGCUCGCCCUCGAUUGGGCCGUCCAUCGUCACCUAUGGCGUGGCCAGGCUGUCUAUAUCCGUUCGCUCUUUGAUGCAAAUAGACAUGUGCGCGAGCCUCGACAACAGAAAGUUUUAUUCCGCGAGACCGAGAAGUUGCUGGAAGAGUGGAAACAUCCUGAUCCGUAUAGAGCCCCGACGGCACCAGGCGGGAGCAAAUACGAGCGAAAUUCCGAAUUACCAAUUCUACCAUUGGGCAAAGCACAACAUGAAAUAAUGGAGGAAGAGGAACAGCGAAUCAGAGAAGCUUCAAGACUUAACCAGGCAAAAGCACAGAGGCAGAAAGCAGAUGAGCAGGAAGUGAUCAGACUUGAAAAGGAGCAGAACCUUCAGUGA